GACCAAUCGCAAAUGACGUUGCCUUUGUAGUCAGGCAGACAUAACGGAGUCGUCCAAUCACAAAAAAAUCUGAAAGGGGAUUUUUGCUGUAUCUUGGCUCAGAUGGUGGUUCUGAGCACAGGCUAGUCGGUCCAGAUGUCGGAGGACCAGCGGCACCAGCGGGCCGACGCCUCCCAGAGGGCGAAGGGAGGUCUGGAGGCUGGGGAGGGCGACACGGAGCCCAGCAUGUUGCUGCAGAAACUAAACAGCAACAUCUCUAAGAACGUUCAGACCAAAGUGGACCAGAUCUUGCAAGACGUUCAGCGCUUCUCCGACAAUGACAAGCUGUACCUGUACCUCCAGCUGCCCUCUGGACCCAGCUCCGGCGACAAAAGUGGCGGCGACCCCAGUUCAUUCAACACAGCCGACCAGCUUCACACCUGUAACUGGAUCCGCAGUCACCUGGAGGAGCAUUCGGACACCUGUCUGCCCAAACAGGACGUCUACGAGACGUACAGGAGGUACUGCGAGAACCUGCAGCAUCGCCCUCUGAGCGCGGCCAACUUCGGGAAGAUCAUCAGAGACAUUUUCCCCAACAUCAAGGCGAGACGACUCGGGGGCAGAGGACAGUCCAAGUACUGUUAUAGCGGCAUCAGAAGAAAGACGGUUCUCAACAUGCCUCUGCUGCCCAACCUGGACCUAAAGAAUGACCCGUCGGAGCUGACUGAGCUGGUCCAGACCUACAAACAGGAAGUGACGGAGGCGGCCUGCGAGCUGAUCUGUGACUGGGCUCAGAAGAUCCUGAAGCGUUCCUUCGACACGGUGGUGGAGAUCGCUCGCUACCUGAUCCAGGAGCACAUUGUAAACCCGCGCUGCAGCCAGGCCAAGCUCGUCACGUCUGCAGCACUCGCAGGUGGUCCAGCUAAAACCCAUAAAGUCAUUAAGAAAACUCCUGUGAUCUCUCAGGCUGACGGAGACGGAGCUGCAGACCAGAAGGAACCGGGAGAUCUGUCCUCAUCCUCGCCGAAGCUUUCCACAGGAGACAGAUCCACAUCAGCCGCGUCCAAGCCUUCCUCGGCAGACGUUGCCCCUCCCGCUCCUCCUCCACCUCCUCCUUCCUCUACCUCCUCCUCAUCUCUGCGACCAGCGGUGGAGGCCUUCAUAAAGCAGCUACCCAGAAUCCUCCCUCGCAGCUCCGUCCCGGACAAGAGCUUCUCCGUCCGCUCCUCCGUGCCCCCCCAGACCACCGCAGACGCCUCGGCGGUCGGGGUGCCGUCUGCCCACGGGGGCCCGGCGGCGGCUCCGGCUAACAGCGGCGGGGUGAAGGUCAUCACCAUGACGACUCUGCCCCAGCAGCAGGGCAGGCCUCUCCCCUUGAUGAUUCUUCCUCAGGGCUGUUUGUCCUUCGAGGCGGAAAAGGUAGCGCCGCCGCCUCCUCCUCCUCUCUCCGCCCAGCAGCACGCCGCGGCGGCGCCGACCUCCGUGGUCCAGAAAGCUCGGGGGCCCGGCACCAAGCGCCCCGCGGAAGGGGAAGCGUCGUGCGUCGGCGCCGCCGGUGGCUCGGCCGCUUCGUCUCUCAGCAGCUCUCCGGUUAAACGGAAACGAGGACGACCGAGAAAAACGCGCCCGGAAGACCCGCCGGCGCCGCCUCCUCCUCCUCCUCCGCCGCCGCCGGCGCCCCCGAUCAUCACCCCGCUGACCGGCGGCGUCAUCCAGAAGGCCACGUCCUCCUUGUCGUCCCCCGCGCAGACUGUGGUGGAGCUGGUGAUCCAGGAGCCGCCGGGCCUGGUCCUGGGUCAGCUGCCGGCCAUGUCCGACCCGUCCCACCGGCUGGUGGACCCCCGCGGCGUGGUGGUGCAGUGCCAGCCGAGCGGGGCCGCCGACCCGGACAGCCAGGUGAGGCCCGUGCUGCUCUUCCACAGCCCCGGCAACCCCGGCUGGGAGCUGUCGCCGUCCGGGCGGACCCCGAUGGUGGAGGUCAUCCAGAAAGCGCCGAGGCCGAGCAACAACAACAACAACAGCAGCAGCGGCGGCUCGGCUCCCGCUCCGACGGCGCACCUCCACUCCCCCCCCCUCCCCCUGCCCACGCUGCACGAGGAGCAAGGCGAGGUGGAGAUAACGCUGACGCCGGUGGAAGUGCACGUCAACCCGCCGCCCACUUCCACCUCCACCUCCUCUGCUGCUCCUGCCUCCUCCCUCUCAAUCUCCUCCACCCUGGUGGUAAAGGUUGAGGAGGAGGAAGCAGAAAGCGGCUUCCCGUCCCAGAGGGAAGGACAUUAGUUUUUAUUCUUUCCUCUCAGUGACUCCCAUCAUUCAGAUUUUUACCUCAACUGCUAAAGGUUCCCUCCCCCCCUUUUCGCCCAUCUGUGUCCUGAUUGGUGGAAAUCCCAGACUGGCUGCAGCAGAAAGCCAACCCAGCAGGAUAAAUGAAGCCAAAAAGUCAACAUGUCCCCCUUUUUUUUUUUCGUUCCCGCUCAUUCGUAAACUGCUCCUCUUCUACUGCAUGUCUGUCUGUCUGUGUGCUACUUGUGGUUUUAAAUCUGAGCCACUUUCUUUACGUUUUCCCCUCCUUCCUUCCUCGCCUUAGUUACUGUAUCUUUAACACCCCCCCCCAAAAAAAACAACAACAACCUUGUGCUGCA